CGACCCGCCCCGGAAGUGGGCGGAGACUCGAGAUCCAUAGUAGUCCGCCGCCGUCUCCCAGUCGGAUUGCGGCCGAGGCCGGUCCUGGCUUUGUAGCUCGCUUAAGAUGGCGGCGCAGUCACCCAGCGGGAUCCGCCUCAGUGCGCUUUGCCCGAAGUUUUUACAUACAAAUUCUACUAGUCACACUUGGCCAUUUAGUGCGGUUGCUGAAUUAAUAGAUAAUGCUUACGAUCCUGAUGUGAAUGCCAAACAGAUAUGGAUUGACAAAACAGUGAUAAAUGAUCAUGUAUGCCUGACUUUCACUGAUAAUGGGAAUGGUAUGACUUCAGACAAGCUACAUAAAAUGCUAAGCUUUGGCUUCAGUGACAAAGUCACCAUGAAUGGUCACGUCCCAGUUGGAUUGUAUGGGAAUGGCUUCAAGUCAGGUUCUAUGCGUUUGGGUAAAGAUGCAAUCGUUUUUACCAAAAACGGAGAAAGCAUGAGCGUGGGCUUCUUGUCUCAGACCUACUUGGAAGUCAUAAAAGCAGAACAUGUUGUUGUCCCAAUAGUGGCAUUCAGCAAAGACCGGCAGAUAAUUAAUUCAACAGAAUCAAAAGCGAGCCUUGCUGCAAUUCUGGAACAUUCUCUGUUUUCUACGGAACAGAAAUUACUAGCAGAACUUGAUGCUAUCAUGAGUACGAAGGGGACAAGGAUCAUCAUUUGGAAUCUGAGAAGCUACAAAAGUGCAACAGAGUUUGAUUUUGAUAAGGAUAAAUAUGACAUCAGAAUUCCAGAAGAUUUAGAUGAUACAGCAGGGAAGAAAGGGUACAAGAAGCAGGAAAGAAUGGACCAAAUUGCCCCUGAAAGUGACUAUUCCCUAAGGGCUUACUGCAGUAUAUUAUACCUAAAGCCACGAAUGCAGAUCAUCUUGCGUGGACAGAAAGUGAAGACACAGCUGGUUUCAAAGAGUCUUGCCUACAUUGAACGUGAUAUUUAUCGACCCAAAUUUUUAACUAAUAGAACAGUGAGAAUUACUUUUGGAUUCAACUGCCGAAAUAAAGAUCAUUAUGGGAUAAUGAUGUAUCACAAUAAUAGACUCAUCAAAGCUUAUGAAAAAGUUGGAUGUCAGUUAAGGGCAAACAAUAUGGGUGUUGGAGUAGUGGGAAUUAUAGACUGUUAUUUCCUAAAGCCAACUCAUAAUAAGCAAGAUUUCGAUUAUACUAAUGAAUACAGGCUUACAGUAACAGCACUAGGAGAUAAGCUCAAUGAUUACUGGAAUGAAAUGAAGGUGAAGAAAAAUGCAGAAUAUCCUCUAAAUUUGCCAGUCGAAGAGAUAGAGAAACGUCCUGAUCAGAACUGGGUUCAAUGUGAUUCCUGUCUAAAGUGGCGAAAACUACCAGAUGGAAUAGAUCAACUUCCAGAAAAAUGGUAUUGCUCCAAUAACCCUGACCCACAGUUCAGAAAUUGUGAUGUUCCAGAAGAACCCGAAGAUGAAGAUUUGGUGCAUCCCACUUAUGAAAAAACCUACAAAAAGAAAGACAAGGAAAAAUCCAGGACCAAACUAUCAGAAACAAUCCCUCGGAUUCCUACCGAACUCUUUUUUCCAACAACCCCUGUCUCGAGUCAAAGUUUUUCUCCCGUUAAGGAAAGUGUUCCAAGAGGACAUCUUUCAGAAGCAGCAAAUACUUACACGAUGAGACUUAUAAAUAAUCAUCGAGGUUCACCCCAGUCUGAACCUGAGAGUAACAGCCUGAAAAGGAGACUCUCUACUCGUUCCUCAAUUUUGAAUGCAAAGAAUCGGAGAUUAAAUAAUCAAGUAUUUGAAAAUUCUCCUUAUAAAGAUGAUGAUGAAGAUGUCAUCAUCUUAGAGGAAAACAGUACUCCCAAGCCUGCAGUAGAUGAUGAUAUUGAAGUGAAAUUGCAACAGAGUCACAUGGAACAAAGUGGUGUUCAGGUGGAGCCUGUGGGUGAUAAUGAACCUUGUGGCCAGACUAGUUCUGCAGGCACCUCCUCAUCCAGGUGCGAUCAGGGAACUACUGCAGCCACCCAGACUGAAGUACCAAGUUUAGUCGUUAAAAAGGAAGAAACUGUGGAAGAUGAAAUAGAUGUAAGAAAUGACACAGCUAUGCUACCAUCCUGUGUGGAAGCUGAAGGAAAGACACAUGAAACCCAGGAAACUUUUGAUAAAUCUGCUGGUGAUGCUGGUUGCCAGUUUAAUGAACUGAGAAAUGAGCUGCUUCUCGUCACCCAAGAAAAAGAAAAUUAUAAAAGACAGUGUCAUAUGUUUACUGAGCAAAUCAAAGUGUUACAGCAGAGGAUAUUGGAAAUGAAUGACAAAUGUGUGAAGAAGGAGAUUUGCCAUCAGUCUACUGAAACUGAUGCUGUAUUUUUACUUGAAAGUGUUAAUGGCAAAUCUGAAAGCCCAGACCAUAUAGUAUCUCAGUAUCAGCAAGCUUUGGAAGAAAUAGAAAGGCUGAAAAAACAGUGUAGUGCUUUGAAACAUGUAAAGGCUGAAUGCAGUCAGUGUUCCAGUGGUGAGAGUAGAAGUGAAAUGGACGAAAUGGUUGUGCAGCUUGAUGAUGUAUUUAGACAGCUGGACAAAUGCAGUAUUGAGAGGGACCAGUAUAAAAGUGAGGUUGAAUUACUGGAAAUGGAAAAAUCACAAAUCCGUUCGCAAUGUGAAGAACUGAAAAAUGAGAUUGAACGAUUAAAAUCUACAAGUCAACAGAUAGGAGCAGAUGUGUCAACUUCAAGUAACAUCGAGGAGUCUGUAAAUUAUACUGAUGGGGAAAGCCUCAAACUUCGAUCUCUUCGAGUUAACGUAGGACAGCUGCUGGCCAUGAUUGUACCUGAUCUCGAUCUUCAGCAAGUGAAUUAUGAUGUUGAUGUAGUUGAUGAGAUUUUAGGACAAGUUGUUGAACAAAUGAGUGAAAUCAGUAGUACUUAAAGGAUAUUUUAUGUGAGAUAAUAAAAGUAUUUGCUCAAGCCUUCUGGUUGUACAGCUUCAAAAUGUAAACAAGUUUGUUAUAGAGAUGAUAGGCAACAGACUGAAGAACCAUAAUCUUUUCUGUAUUCUAUGCAUUCAAGUGUGGACACAAAUAUGUGGACACAUUAUCACACCUUUUGAAAUGCCUGUGAAUCAUUGGUAUUGAGCAGCUACAUAGCUAACUCAUGAUUCUGCUUUGAAAUGUAAAUAUUUGUAAUUAAGUUUGCACAUAUUUUUUUAUUACCCUAGAGGACUCAAGUGUUUUCUCACGAAGAGGUUUUCAGGUUGCCCCUAACCUUUGUGCAAUCUUUUCUGGUUCCCCAAAGUGUAUUUUUCUCUGACUUGAGGGCUGUGCCAUAAGACAAAUGGGAACAUUACCUUUGAUUUUCUUACGGAGAAGUUUAAAACAGGGUUUUAAAAGAUGAAAUAACACUCCUGAUAAGUUGUAAGUGAGUUGAGUAUUAAUGUUUCUGCUGUAAAUUCUUACCUCCUGAAAUAUUUUAUUCAUGAAAAUAAGGUGAGGAGAAACUCGUUCCAUUUUGCCAAGACUUUUUGUGUGUGCUGAGAUUGCCAAUCAUGGUUAAACAAAAAGUGUUUUUCUGGAAAGAAGUAAUGAUCUUUAGUAUAAAAAAAGUAUCAAAAACGUAACAUGUCCCACCACAUUUACUUUGAAGCCCAUUUUUGGCUGCUUAGUCCACAUGGGGUGGGCACAAUAAUUGUUUAAUAUUUUUUUUCUGAGAUUUCCUGUACAGAGAGUCUUGUAGGUGUACUGCAGGUUAAUGCGAGUUGAAGACCAUCUUUUGCCAGUGUAUUGCAUACCUUUUAUUAUUAUUACAAACCUAAGUGUUUUAUAUCCUGGAUGAAGCAACAAACCCCUUAGGAUUAUAGUAUUACAUGCCAUAAAAAUUAUGCUUUAUUGGUCCCAUGUUUUGUGCAAUUUCAAAGAGAUGGCUUUCUAUUAAGUAUAACUAUGUAUAUAUAAUUAAGAAUCGUAUUUUCCACAACUGAAAUGUGCAUUAUUUUUUCAAAGUUUUAUCAUUGCUAUUUAUUUUAACUUUUGUUUCUGAACAUUCAAUACAUGUUCCUUUUGUAUGCUUAAUUACAUGUCUGUCUUGUACAGUAUUCAAUUUUUACUGUAUAUUAACUUCUAGGAAAAGCAAAUAAAUUAAGAUUGUUUUUAUUUGCUUGAUAAAGUAAUUGAAAGUGUAUUUUUGGUAUGAAGAUGGUUUUCUGUCACAAUUGUAUCUGCUUAAAUUUUAAAAUAUCUUGUAAUAAAAUAAAAAUAUAUAUGAUG